AUGAAUAAUAAACAUUUAAAUAGAGUAAUAAAAAAUGAAAUUAAAAAAAACAUAAAAUCUAAUGAACGGGUGGUUAAAGGUAUAAAACGGGAGUUUGAUGAUGAAAAAAGAGAUUUUAAAGUAAAACAAGAGUAUUAUGAUGAAAAAAGAGAAUUUAAAGAUAUAAAACGAGAAUUUAAAGAUGAAAAAUAUAAUAAAGAAGUUUAUGAAUUAGAAGAUUCUAAAUUGAUUGAGAAAGAAAAACCAAAUUUUGAACCUUCUGGAUUACUUGCAAUUGAAACAAAUAAUCGCAAUGGAAUACAAUUAAAAUAUGUUGUACCUGAAGAAAGUAUUAAACCAGAUUUAAGUUGGCGUUUAUAUAUUUUCAAAUCAAAUGAUAAAGAACCACCAAAAGUAAUAAAAAUAGAUGAGAAAGAAUAUUAUUUGAUUGGAAAGGAUCAUAGAAUUGUUGAUAUAAAUUUAUUUCAUCCAUCAAUUUCUAAACAACAUGCUGUUAUACAAUAUCGUCAUAUUGAAGAUCAAAUUUUGCCUUAUUUGAUAGAUUUAAAUAGUACUAAUGGUACAUAUAUAAAUGAUAUGAAAUUAGAAUCUUCCAAAUAUUAUGAACUCCGGUACUUUUUACUAAUAAUUUCAUAA